AUGGACCGGCCGCCACUGAUUGCUUUCAUGCCCGAACAGAAACCUCCUAAAAUGAAUGGUAAACUGGUGUACGCCAACCAGGGGAAACCCAGUGACUACCACCUGUUGAACACUACGGUUGACCUUCGAGGAACCAUCGCGAUCACCAGAUAUGGCGGAGCAGGAAGAGCUGACAAGGCCAUUAAUGGAGCACCCUACGGAGUGAUCGGGGUUCUUGUGUACACAGACCCUUUGGACAUCAAUGAUGGUGUCAUGUCAGACCUCAAUGAGACGUAUCCUCACUCCUGGUACCUGCCGCCGUCCGGUGUGGAGAGAGGCUCCUUUAACACCCACUAUGGAGACCUGCUCACUCCCUACCUGGCUGCCAAAGAUGAAACCUACAGAAUCCCUGCCAAGGACAUUACAGGGGUCCCUCCCAUUCCUAUUCAACCAAUCGGAUUUGAGGAUGCCUACAAGCUAAUCUGUGAGCUGGGCGGAGAAGCAGCUCCAGCUCUAUGGCAGGGAUCAUUCAACUGUGCCUACAAAUUUGGCGGUCCAGGGUUCAAACUGACAUCUGCUUUCAACAACAGUGAUGUGAAACUGGACAUCUUCAACCAUGAAGAGUUGAAGAACUCCUCCAAUGUGAUGGGGGUCAUCAGAGGGAGUGUGGAGCCAGACAGGUAUGUGAUCUAUGGGAACCACAGGGACAGCUGGGUCCACGGUGCCAUCGACCCCAGCAGCGGGACGUCCGUCAUGCUGGAAUUAACCAGAGUGCUGGGCAAGAUGGUCAAGCAGGGCAAAUGGAGGCCUCGCAGGUCCAUUAUUUUUGGAAGCUGGGGAGCGGAGGAGUUUGGCCUUAUUGGGUCUGCAGAAUACACAGAGCAAUACUUCACCAAGCUCAGUGAAAGAACCGUUGCGUACAUCAACGUGGAUAUAGCUGUUUUUGCAAACGCCACUCUGAGGGCUUCUGGGAUGCCAUCGCUACAGAACGUCAUCUUUAAAGCUUCAAAACAGGUGGAUGCCCCUGGGCUGGACUCCACGUCUGUGUACGACAACUGGAUUCAAUAUGCCAACAGGACAAGCCCGACCCACGGACUCAUUCCCAAGGUGGGCUACCUAUCAGGAGCAGGGAGUGAUUACGCUGCCUUUGUCCACUACCUGGGAAUCACUUCCAUGGACAUAUCAUACACAUAUGACAGGAGUAAAACAAAUGCUCGGAUUUACCCUGCGUAUCACACAGCAUACGACACUUUUGACUACGCUUCAAAGUUCAUUGAUCCCGGGUUCGUCAGUCACCAGGCUAUUGCCAGGACAGCAGGAAACGUCCUGAUCCGAUUGGCUGACAGCCUGGUGUUGCCAUUAAACUGCAGUGACUACGCUGAGACUCUGGAAGGCUACCUGAACACAGCCGUGACUCUUUAUGAGCAGCAGCUGCAAAACAGGCGUAUCUCUAUGGAACCAAUUAAACGUGCAGUGGCCAGUUUCCGCAAUGCAGCUACUCAUUUGGACCAGGCGAUUCGCUCUUCAGACCUGGCAAAUGAAACACCACUGAAGGUCAGAAGGAUCAAUGACCAGCUCAUGCUGCUGGACCGAGCUUUCUUGGACCCUCUGGCCUUCCCAGAUAAAUAUGCAUUCAGGCAUGUUAUCUGGGCCUCUAGUAGUGCCGGAAAGCCAACCUUCCCCGGUCUUGCCGAUGCCUACGCAAAAGCUGAGUCAUUGGUGGAGUCCAGCGCCUGGGACAAAGUGCACUACCACCUGUCCGUCCUGAGUCAGGCCAUCGAGGGCGCUGCUCACACACUGGAAGACGUCAUAUAGAAGGAGAGCAGAGAGGAGUGAGGAACUACACACACUCAGGGAUUCUUUUCUUUUAAAGACAGUG